ACGGACACCGCGGACCCGCCGGCGCGCUCGCGGACCCCUAAAUCACCGCUUCCCGGCACCGACGCCUCCGGGCAGGAUGGAUCCUUAGGUUUAGCCAAGGAGGCCAGAGCAGUGCUGGAAAUCUCUGUCCAAGUGAUGGUGGAACCCGAAUAGAGCUUCUGCAAGGAUGUCUGAAGCCAAGAGCCUGAGCUCCCCUUGCCUCAUGCUUUCCUUGCUCUCUUUGCACUGGGCUUCGCUCCAGCUGAGCCAAGCUUUUCCCAGCACCUCUGACUACCUCCAGCGGGGCUGGCAGCGGCUGCUGGAGGAAGGGGAGGGUUGUGCUGAGUGCCAGCCAGAGGAGUGCCCAGUGCCGCGGGGGUGCCUGGCUGGCAUGGUACGGGAUGCUUGCGACUGCUGCUGGGAGUGUGCCAACCUGGAGGGACAGAUUUGUGACCUGGACAAUACCAACCACUUCUAUGGCAAAUGUGGGGAGCACCUGGAGUGCCGGCUGGAUUCUGGGGACCUGCAGCAUGGAGAGGUGCCUGAGCCCCAGUGUGCCUGCCUCUCCCAUCUGGCACUCUGUGGCUCCGAUGGCAAAACCUAUGCCCAGAUCUGCAGAUUCCUGGAAGUUGCUCGUGCCCACCCUGAUGCCAACUUAACUGUGGCUCAUGAGGGUCCCUGUGAGUCAGAGCCCCAGAUUACCUCUCCUCCCUAUGACACGUGGAACAUCACUGGGCAGGAUGUCAUCUUUGGCUGUGAGGUCUUCGCCUACCCCAUGGCUUCCAUCGAAUGGAGGAAGGAUGGCAUGGAGAUGCUGCUGCCUGGAGAUGACCCCCAUAUCUCUGUCCAGUUCAGAGGCGGGCCCCAGAAAUACGAAGUGACAGGCUGGCUCCAGAUCCAGGGUGUGCGAGUGACGGACGAAGGCACCUACCGCUGCUUCGCCAGGAACAGGGUCGGCGAAGUGGUGGCACUGGCCAGCCUGACUGUCUUCACCCCAGAUCAGCUCAACCUGACAGACUUUGCCCUACCGAAGCCCCACACGACACCUGAGGACUACGUGGAGAGUGAGGAGGACUAUUACUAGCCUAGCGAUGGGAUGUCCAGCUACAGAGAUCACCUUGCCCAUGGUGUCCUUUCCUGAGAGUCAGUGACAUUUCUGCAGCAAGCACCCCUCAGCCCAAAACUCCCCUGAACAGUCCUGAAACAGCAGCCUCUCUUUUGGGGUGGAGCACAGUGACAUAUCCCAUUGCUGGGGUGCUUGGCAAGGGGACACUGGCCGGUUGGUGGCACAAGUUUGGGACUGGGGGUAGCUCUCCCUGGGGCAGAAUGGGAAUAUGGUAGCAGGUGGGACACUGUGGGAACAGACGUGAUGUGUGUGACGAGGACUUGGUGCUGGGGAAUGGAGGUGGCCACCCUUGGAGAGGGAGGCCAGGGCAGAUUCAUCACUGCCCUGUGCUAAGCAUUAUAGGGAAGCCAGAGUAGGGCUGGGACCGGGCUAGGACACCUGGUGCACCUGUUUUGGGGCCAGUCUACAUCCCCCCAAACACAGGAACAGCCAGAUUCCUUUGCAGGGCCUGGGGAGCCACUGCCAAAACAUCCCUCUCCCAUUUUGUCUUUCACUAUGGAAGCAGUGAUUUGAAGAACCAGACACUUGUGGGUUUUAGUGCCCUUUUCUCUGUCCCAACUGCCCAAGUGGUCAGAAACAUUUGGGCCUUUUUUGGUUGACUUUGUGUUUUCCCUUCCACACAGCUCUUUGCCUUUCCAGUUAAUCUUAGUUAAAAUAAACACAUAGGCUAAACCUGA